GAAUAGUUUUGUUCUUGUUUACAAUAGAAUACCAUUUUCAUUGACGUUUUAAUAAAUGUACUGUAGUAUGUUGUGAUUGUCGGCUCGUUUUUUCCUGGCAUAAAGUCAGUAAGGCGCGUGACGCGCCAUCUUGACGAAACAAUUGCGGCUGCAAAUUAAAACCCAAAACAAUGGCGUAUACUGGAGAUUCCAAUGCAACGCUUCGUGAUGUGAAGAAAGUGCAGUUUGGCAUUCUUGGGCCAGAUGAACUUCGAAGGAUGUCGGUUGUGGAGGGUGGACUCAAAUAUUCUGAGACCAUGGAAGGAGGAAGACCGAAACUUGGCGGACUUAUGGACCCUCGACAAGGGGUAGUCGACCGAAAUAGUCGGUGUCAAACCUGCGCUGGGACCAUGUCCGAGUGUCCUGGGCACUUUGCACAUAUCGAACUGGCCAAGCCUGUAUUCCUCAUUGGUUUUCUUACAAAGACGAUCAAAGUGCUCCGAUGUGUCUGCUUCUACUGUUCCAAGCUUCUUAUUGAGCCUUCCAACCCGAAGAUGAAGGACAUUAUUCAGAGGUCAAAAGGUCACCCUGCCAAGCGACUUGCACAUGUGUACGACCUGUGUAAGAGCCGUAAGAUUUGCGAGGGCGGUGAGGAAAUGGACACGAAACUGGAAAAGGCUGAUGACGAGGGUGGUGGUGGAGAUGAACAAAAGAAGGGUCAUGGUGGUUGUGGUCGCUACCAGCCUACCAUCCGUCGAAUGGGACUUGAACUGACCUGUGAAUGGAAAAAGACAAAUGAGGAAACACAGGAGAAGAAGAUUGUGCUGACUGCAGAGCGUGUAUAUGAGGUCUUCAAGAGGAUUUCUGACGAAGAGUGCAUUGUUCUUGGUAUGGAUCCCAAGUUUGCGCGUCCUGACUGGAUGAUCUGUACUGUGAUGCCAGUGCCACCCCUGUGUGUAAGACCGGCUGUUGUCAUGUUCGGUUCUGCCAGAAAUCAGGAUGACUUGACUCACAAGCUGUCUGACAUCAUCAAAGCCAACAACCAGCUGAAGAGGGAUGAACAGAACGGUGCUGCGGCGCACAUUAUUGCUGAGGACACAAAAAUGUUACAGUUCCACGUGGCCACUCUGACAGAUAACGAGCUGCCCGGACUGCCAAGGGCUGUUCAAAAGUCCGGCCGUCCCCUGAAGUCCAUCAAGCAGCGCCUGAAGGGCAAGGAAGGCAGAGUAAGAGGCAACCUCAUGGGUAAACGUGUGGACUUUUCAGCCCGUACCGUCAUCACGCCUGACCCGAAUCUCCGUAUCGAUCAGGUCGGAGUGCCCCGUACCAUAGCACAGAAUAUGACCUUUCCGGAGAUCGUCACGCCAUUUAAUAUUGACAGACUGCAUGAGCUGGUACGUAGAGGUGCCAACCAGUACCCGGGAGCCAAGUACAUUGUGAGAGACAAUGGGGAGAGAAUCGAUCUACGAUUCCACCCGAAGGCCAGUGACCUGCAUCUCCAGAUUGGGUACAAGGUUGAGCGUCACAUGCAGGACGGGGACUAUAUCGUGUUCAACAGACAGCCCACCCUUCACAAGAUGAGUAUGAUGUGUCACCAGGUGAAGGUGCUGCCCUGGUCCACAUUCAGGAUGAACCUCAGCUGCACAACCCCAUAUAACGCAGACUUUGAUGGAGACGAGAUGAACCUCCAUCUUGCCCAGUCCCUGGAGACCCGAGCUGAGAUCUCACAGCUGGCUUCCGUACCACGCAUGAUCAUCACGCCACAGUCCAACCGGCCUGUCAUGGGUAUCGUACAGGACACCCUGACAGCUGUACGCAAGAUGACCAAGAGGGAUGUGUUUCUGGACAGGGGCCAGGUGAUGAACAUCCUGAUGUUCUUGCCAAGCUGGGACGGCCACAUGCCCCACCCUGCCAUCCUUAAACCCAAGCCCAUGUGGACGGGCAAGCAGGUCUUCUCACUGAUCAUCCCGGGCCGUGUGAACCUGAUCCGCACCCACAGCACACACCCGGAUGAGGAGGACAAGGGUCCGUACAAGUGGAUAUCCCCCGGGGACACCAAGGUUCUGAUAGAGGAUGGGCAGCUGCUCUCAGGCAUCCUGUGUAAGAAGUCCCUGGGGGCGUCUACCGGUGCCAUCGCCCACGUCGUCUUCCUUGAGCUCGGCUGGGAACAAGCAGGUUUCCUGUAUGGCAACAUUCAGACCGUGGUGAACAACUGGCUGCUUAUUGAAGGUCACAGUAUCGGUAUUGGUGACACUAUUGCCGACCCCCAGACCUACAUUGAGAUUCAGGACACUAUCAAGAAAGCCAAGCUGGAUGUGAUAGAAGUAAUCGAGAAGGCUCACAAUGAUGAGCUGGAGCCCACACCUGGUAACACGCUGCGACAGACGUUCGAGAACCAAGUGAACCGUAUCCUCAACGAUGCGAGAGACAAGACCGGCAGCAAGGCCCAGAAGUCCCUGUCUGAGUUCAACAACUUCAAGGCCAUGGUGGUGGCAGGGUCCAAAGGCUCGAAGAUUAAUAUCUCCCAGGUUAUUGCCUGUGUGGGCCAGCAGAACGUAGAAGGAAAGCGUAUUCCGUUUGGCUUCCGUCACCGCACGCUCCCGCACUUCAUCAAGGACGAUUAUGGGCCCGAGUCGAGAGGUUUCGUAGAGAACUCGUACCUUGCGGGUCUCACGCCUUCAGAGUUCUUCUUCCACGCCAUGGGAGGUCGUGAGGGUCUCAUUGAUACAGCCGUAAAGACGGCAGAAACUGGGUAUAUCCAGCGUCGUCUCAUCAAGGCCAUGGAGAGUGUGAUGGUCAAGUACGAUGGAACCGUCAGAAAUCAGGUUGAGCAGCUGAUCCAGCUGCGUUAUGGAGAAGAUGGGCUGGAUGCUACGAGGGUCGAGUUCCAGGCACUGCCCACACUCAAACCUUCCAACAGGGCCUUCGAGAAGAACUUCAAGUUUGACGCCACCAACGAGAGGCAGUUGAAGAAGAGUUUGACGGAGGAUGUGGUUCGCGACCUCCUCUCGGAUGCCAACUGUCUGUCUGAGAUAGAGCAAGAAUGGGAGCAGCUUGUAGAUGAUCGUAACGCGAUCCGUCAGAUCUUCCCGUCCGGGGACAGCAAGGUCGUGUUGCCAUGUAACCUGCAGCGGAUGAUCUGGAACGCUCACAAGAUCUUCAAGAUUAACAAGCGUAGCUUAACAGACAUACAUCCGACCAAAAUCAUUGAUGAUGUGAGGCAGCUGUGCAAGAGACUGACUGUGGUGCCUGGAAACGAUCACCUCUCUAUCCAGGCCAAUGAGAACGCCACCAUCCUGAUGAAGGUGCUAAUCCGGUCUACGUUCUGCUCCAAGCGCGUCAUUGAGGAGUUCAGGCUGUCCAACGAGGCUUUUGAUUGGCUGAUUGGAGAGAUUGAGACUAAGUUCCAACAUGCCCAGGUCCACCCUGGUGAGAUGGUGGGAGCCCUUGCCGCCCAGUCCCUGGGAGAGCCCGCCACCCAGAUGACCUUGAACACGUUCCACUACGCCGGUGUGUCUGCCAAGAACGUCACCCUGGGUGUGCCCAGGCUUAAGGAGAUCAUUAACAUCUCCAAGAAGCCCAAGACCCCCUCACUGACAGUGUUCCUCACUGGUCAGGCAUCCAGGGACGCUGAAAAGGCCAAGGACGUGCUGUGCCGUCUAGAGCACACGACCCUUCGCAAGGUUACGGCUAACACCGCCAUCUACUACGACCCAGACCCCACCAACACAGUGAUUGCUGAGGACCAGGAGUGGGUGAACGUGUACUAUGAAAUGCCAGAUUUUGAUGUGACCAAGAUCUCCGCCUGGUUGCUUCGUAUAGAGCUGGACAGGAAGAGGAUGACAGAUAAGAAGCUGACCAUGGAGUCCAUAUCGGAGAAAAUCACUGCUGGUUUCGGUGAUGACCUGAACUGCAUUUUCAAUGAUGACAAUGCAGAGAAGCUUGUAUUACGACUGAGAAUCAUGAAUUCUGAGGACAGCAAGAUGCAAGAGGAGGAGGCAAUGGCAGACAAAAUGGAGGACGACAUAUUCCUGAGAUGCAUUGAGGCCAACCUGCUGUCAGACAUGUCACUGCAGGGCAACGAGGCCAUCCAUAAGGUGUACAUGCACCUGCCAAACACAGAUGACAAAAAGCGGAUCUUCAUCACAGAUGAGGGUGAGUUCAAGGCCGUUGCAGAGUGGAUCCUGGAGACUGACGGCACCUCGCUGGUCAGGGUGCUCAGUGAAAGAGACGUGGACCCUGUACGCACCACAACAAAUGAUAUCGUCGAGGUGUUUGCGACACUAGGUAUUGAAGCUGUCCGAAAAUCGAUAGAGAAGGAAAUGAACCAUGUGAUCUCGUUUGACGGCUCCUAUGUGAACUACCGCCACCUGGCUUUGCUGUGUGACGUUAUGACUGCAAAAGGUCAUUUAAUGGCCAUCACACGUCAUGGUAUCAACAGGCAGGAGACCGGCGCACUAGCUCGAUGUUCCUUUGAAGAGACUGUUGAUAUUCUGAUGGAGGCUGCAGCCCAUGCUGAGUCCGACCCAAUGAAGGGCGUGUCUGAGGCGAUCAUGCUGGGACAGCUGGCGCGUAUUGGCACAGGUUGCUUUGACCUGCUCCUGGACGCAGAGAAGUGCAAAUAUGGCAUGGAAAUACCCAACACCAUGGGGCCUGGCAUGAUGGGAGGUCUAGGCAUGAUAAUGGGUGUGGCCGGCAGCCCUGCUCAGGGAAUGUCCCCGCAGAUGACUCCCUGGAACCAGGGCGCUACUCCCGGGUACGCAAGUGCCUGGUCCCCAGGGGUGGGAAGCGGUAUGACCCCAGGGGCAGCUGGAUUUUCCCCGUCUCAAAGCGAGAGUGGCUACAGUCCUGGCUACAGUCCUGCCUGGUCACCACAGCCUGGCUCACCCAGCUCGCCCUCCAGCCCGUAUAUUCCGAGCCCGAGAGGUCCAAUGUCGCCCAGCUACAGCCCCACCUCGCCUUCGUAUAUUCCCAGCUCGCCUGCAAUGUCUGGAGGCACUCCACAGAGUCCUGGAUACUCUCCCACCAGCCCCAGUUACAGUCCAACAAGCCCUGGGUAUUCACCGACGUCGCCUAACUACAGUCCGACAUCACCAUCGUAUUCACCUACAAGUCCAUCAUACAGUCCUACGAGUCCAUCAUACAGCCCGACCAGUCCGUCAUAUUCCCCAACCAGCCCAAGCUACAGUCCGACAAGUCCUAGCUACUCUCCAACGUCGCCCAGUUACAGCCCUACUUCACCGAGCUACAGUCCGACAAGCCCCAGCUAUUCCCCAACCAGCCCCAGUUAUUCUCCCACAUCACCGAGUUACAGUCCAACCUCACCCUCCUACUCCCCCACAUCCCCUAGCUACUCCCCCACGUCCCCUAGCUACAGCCCCACCAGCCCCUCUUACUCCCCGACCUCCCCGAGCUAUUCCCCAACGUCGCCCAGUUACUCCCCUACUAGCCCCAAUUACAGCCCCAGCUCGCCCAGCUACAGCCCCUCCAGCCCUAGCUACUCCCCUUCGUCACCUGCUUACUCCCCCUCCAGUCCGAACUACAGCCCCUCUUCACCCUCAUACUCCCCCUCCUCACCGAAAUACAGCCCACAAUCCCCCUCCUACUCGCCAACAAGCCCCUCAUAUUCACCCUCCAGCCCCAAAUAUUCACCCACAUCCCCGAGCUACUCCCCUGGAAACUUCAGCUACUCGCCAAGCUCCCCUCAAUAUUCGCCCUCAUCCCCGGCAUAUUCACCCUCCUCCCCUGCAUAUAGCCCAGGCAUGGCCAGUGACCGAGGCUCACACAAGUACUCGCCCAGCUCCCCACAGUACAGUCCGACAUCCCCAACAUAUUCUCCCUCAAGCCCACAGUACUCGCCUGCCAGUCCAAGCUAUUCUCCAUCAAGUCCGCAAUAUUCGCCUGCUAGUCCGUCAUACAGCCCAUCAAGUCCACAAUACAGUCCUUCGUCCCCUGCCUACACCCCGACAACUCCGAAGUAUUCCCCUACUAGCCCGACAUACAGUGCUGCAGAUGAUAGUGAUUCAGAUUAGGCUUAUGUGGGGAGCUGAAUUGUGUUGUAACUCUUACAGUGUUGACUUGUACCAUAACAAAAAAAGGCAGAUAUCAUGUCAUUAUUUCUUAUUCAGUCAGUUUUAUGAGGAACAUUGAUCGUGUGUUUGUAUUAAACCUUUUGUGAUAUUGACUUUCGCCAUUCACAUUCAGUUUUGGAGGUUAUUGUUGUUUUUGUCAUAGGCUUAGAUGUUAUAUUUUGUAAAGAAACAAGCCAUGUUUGUUUGGCAUAUACAUGGACUUGAAUUCUACAAUUCAGACAUAUGUCUUGAAUUAACAAUGGCAGAAAUCAUUCAUGUACCUUGCAUAUGACUUUGCCCAUUUAAGUCAGUACUGGCAAAAUGUAUGUUGAUAAUUGAUAUAUAUAUAUAUAUAUUCUCAAUUUGUGUACAAAAAGCGCAAACAAAGCUUAAUGGUGUUGGUUGUGUAAGCUAUAUGUGUGUACAUACAUAUUAAGUAGAAAUUGUCCUUGUAAGUGAUAGAAGAGUGUAUGCAAUAUUUGUUAUGAAUGUAUGUUUUGCAUGAAAAUCUUGUGUGGUUUUUAAGCAGACAAUGUGACAAUGACCAUAAAAAAUAUGUUGUAUUAAAACUGUUAUUGCAAUGCGGAGUUAUUCUUUAGUUGUAUUGUGGAUCACAUUUGGGGGCUGAAUUUUGCAUAUUUUUUUUAAUGUCGGCUUUCAAGUAUUUGUUUUUGUGAACAAUAUAUUACUUAUUGUAAGAAUCAAAUAUUGAAAAAGAGAGAGAAAAAGUUCAUAAAUUAUUUUGAUUUUCUUGAACACUUAAUUCAUCAAUCUGUAUUGGUGACAGUUUGUAUAACUUGAUAAUUGAAAACAUGUGUUGACUUCAGAUUCAUUACAUCAUGUUUGUUUCUCUGUAUGUAUGUGUAUAGGAUAUGUAAUAUUUUGUUUCAUUGGUAACAUCUCUUGAACAUACAGACAUAGAGGCUCAAUGCAACCAUGUCUAGUGCUAUCUAUAUUAAGUUGUCUGAAGAAAGAAUUAGUACUGUUUGUGAAUAAUUUGUGAAUAAACCAUCUAUUUAGUGUUUAAAAUAUAUAUAU